CGGCGCGGCGCGGUCGCUAUGGCGACGUGGGACGCGGCCCGACCCGGCCAUGGCCUCCUACAGGCUCGGGGUCCGCAUGGGGAACUGGCUGGAGGAGGAGUACGCGCAGCAGGAACUCCUGAGGGAUUUUAUCCGUAAGAGAGAGCAAGGACAACUUUUAAUACAGAGAUUAGCAAAACUUCAAGAGAAUAUUUUCAAGAGGGUAGAGCUGUCGGUAUCUUCUGACGGAUUUGUUCACUUUGGAGACACCGUGUUGCUUAUGAACCCAGACAAAAAAUCCUCGGAUUUGGAAGGGACCUCGGAGGAGAAGGAGCCCGAAAUGCGUGGUGAUGUGACUCUGGCUGUCGACAUGGAGGAAAUAUCCCUGUACAAGGACGAACCCCUGCAGGUCUCACGUGGACUUAGUGCAGUCAAGAGCGUGGAGCCCAUAGGUCGAAAUGCUUUCUGUAUUGUAAGUGUUGAUGGAAGUGCAGUGGGUGAACCACUUAGAUACGGGCAAAACUUUGUUCUUGGGACAAAAGGAGGGGUUUCUGACAAACUGUUUUAUCUGGCAAGUGACCACAAAACAUUUAAAGAUUUUGCUAAAAAAUCUCGCCUUCAGAAAGUAUAUUUGACAUCUGAGCUUUCCUAUUUGACUUUCUGGCAAGCUAAGUCCUUGAAUCCACAACUGCGUCUUGAACGUGAAGGAUUUCCAGUUCCUGCAGAAACUAAAAUUAUUAUUACUCAUUGCUACACCAAUCGCAACUUAGCCGUUCCAAGAACCUUCAGUGUGUGGUCUCAUUUUGGAAGAGAAUUUGAAGUUAUUUGUCACAAUUAUCUCGACUCCCACAGAGUUGAAGACGAUAAGAAUUACUGGGUGAUAAUAACAGGAAAUCCUAGUCCUGAAGAUGGUACAAUGUUUGACAGACCCCAAGCUUUCCCAGAAGGGUAUAAGAGGAAUGAGUUUCAUGAAAAGACAGAGAAUGUAAAAGCCCAAGACUACAGCCAGGAGAGGUUGAUGAGAUUCUAAUUCUUGUUUCUUUCUGUUUAGAUUUCAGAGAUGUUUGUUUUAAAAAUAGAAACGAAAGUCUGCCAUUAGUAAUAUUGCAUAAUUUCAUUAACUCAUCAAGGUUAUAAUGGGUGAAAAACUCUUAAUGUUUGAGGAACAACACAUUGAAAAUUGUUAAUCAGGAAAGGCUCCUUUUCCCAUUUUCACCUUCACUGAUGACAGAAGUUGUCGGCACCCAGGAAACCUAACAGAUUUUCAUUAAAUUACUGGCACUUGGAGUAUAUUUAAUCAAUUCUUCCACAGCCAAACCAGUGUCACAAUUUUUAAAAGGAUGAGUGGACAGUUUCCAAAACACUGAAAACCAAACACACGCAAAGUUAUCAUGAGAUGCUUUGACAUUUAAAGUUCAGCUGAAAGAAAGUUGGUUCCACCCACCAUCUAGCACAACAUUGCCAAUUAUUAAAUCACAAGUGGGAUUCUUUUAUCUUGAAAUUAGCUUCUAAUUCAUGGAUAUAAAUUGAGUUUUUUAUGUUUUUCCAUGUAUUCUAAACACUUUAAUAUCAGGAAAUCAAGAACUUGAGCACAGUGAUACAGACUAGAGACUUACAACAGCCUUUUCCAUGCACCACCAUGUUCCAUUUACUUCUCACCCACCCAGCAUUUUCCAAUCCAUUGUAAUUUCUAACAAGUUUGAAAAUCAGGUAAAAUUGUCAAAGAAAAUUGGGUACCCACAAGUUUCAUGAAAGUAAAUGCCAAAGCAGAAAACAGAUAUGACAUGCUGCAAGUUCAUCCAGUAAGAAAAAGAUUGUAGUCUAUAUUCCUACCUA